AUGUCUGUAGAUGUUGACUUUUUUCCUCAUUUACUUAUGAAGGAUAGUAUAUUAACAACACAAUAUGAUAGAAGAAAUAGUUGGACUAUGUCAGUAUCUUCAUCAUCAUCAUCAUCAUCAACAGCAGCAAUAACAACAACAACGACAAAUACAACAUCAUGGUUCGAAAGAAAAUUAUUUAGUCAUUUUAAACGUUUUUUUCGACGAAAAUCUUUAUCAUUAAUAUCAAAUCGUCGAAUAUCAUUAUCAAAUAUUGAAAAUAUUCUAUCAUUACCAGUUAAUGAAACACAAAAAGUCGAAGAAGAAGAAGAAGAAGAAGAAGAAAAAGAAAAAGAAGAAAAAUCUCCUAUUAAUAAUGAUAAUGAAAAACUUUCAUUAUCAACAAUAUCAUCUAUUUCUAAUUCAAUUGAUUUACUUUAUGAUUAUGAUCGUCUUCUUGAACGUUGUAUUAAACAACAUGAACAUAAUCAUACUACUAAAAUAAAUGUACAUUGUCAAACACCAAUAUCAAUUCCACAUGCAGAUUUAAUUGUUAAUCAAAUAUGUACAAUAAUUAUUAAUUGGAAAUCUUAUAUACGUUUAUUUCAUUCAUUAAAACGUGAUCCACAUUUAUUUCAACAAUAUAUUAAUCAAUAUUAUUCAUGUCAAUCAUUUAUAAAUCAACGUGAACAAUUAACAUUAAAUAUUCGUACAACAAAAACAAUAUUUGAUAAUGUUUUACGAAAAUUUCUUGAUGAUUAUAUUACAUGUUUAAUAUGUCAAACGGCACAAACAUAUUUGAUUAAAUCAGAUCGUAUAUGGAGAAUAGAAUGUCAAUUAUGUGGUAUUCAACGAAUAGUUAAACGUCUCAAAUGGAAACAUCAUCAAUAA